UAGGACUGAGGGAAAAGCCGGAGAGGAGCUUAUCAGUGCUGGUUUAUAGACCAAUAAUCAGCUUGUUGUGAAUCCGUCAGAGCUUCACGAGGAAACAAAGGAACAAUACUUUCUCAGGACCCAACUACGAAAAGUUAAAGUUGAACCAAACCAGGCCAGACGAAGCACACAUAUUUUGCUGGACGAUGUCUAUGCCAGUCAGAGUUGUCUACAAGAGGAGGGCGACCAUCACAGAUCUGCCUCUCUACUACUCUGGACACUUGCUGAAGAAACUCAGCAAAGAGAAGGAUUUUAAGAAGUACUACGGAGAGCUCCGUGGAGCCACGCUCUUUCUGUACAAAGAUGACACACAGGACACAUACACAGAGAAGCUGGACCUGGUGCACCUGAAGUCCAUGGAGUUAGACUCUCCGUAUCAGAGGAAGACACCAACUAUCUUCACUCUCACCCUGCCGACAGCGCAGGUGCAGCUAAAGAUGGACAACUCUGACACAGGAGAGGAGUGGAGGGGUUACAUCCUGACUGUGGUCAAAAAAGAGAUUCCCAGUACCCUGCAGCUGCUGCCUGGCCAGAUGUUGCUCCUGCAGGAUGUUCUGGAUCAGGAGAAGAAAAGACGUCCCCCCUCGCCACGUCCUGCUCUCCCACCCCGUCCAGCCUUCCUCCGCACAGCCUUCCCUGCACCCUCCCCUUCACCGCCCAAAGACAAGCCUGACUCCAGCGCCCCUGAGCUCCCUGCGUGUUUCUUCAAUGUGACUCGGCAGGAAGCUGAGCACAUGUUAGAGGCAAACCCCGAGUAUGGAGGUAUCAUCCUCCGCCCGUCCACCCUGGCCAACAACUACGCCCUAACCCUCCGACAACUGACGCCCAGUGGACCUGUCAUGAAGAACUACAGAGUGACCUCCACAAACUCAGGGUUUGUCAUCGAACUGGACAGACCAGUGACCGUCUCCUCCUUAAAUAAUGUGCUUAAGUACUUCCUUGAGAAGACAGAGUAUCGUCUCCAUCCCUACAUGGCGUCUCAGCCCUACGACACUCGCAUCGAGGUGUCACCUGCUCCUAAGUGCAUUAGCAUCACCUCACCUACACCUAAAACAGUACCCAAGGCACAAGUGGCACCUAUGCUGCGUUCACAAACCAAAGCCGAGCUCCCUCCGCCUUCAGCCGAACCAGUGGGGGGUGAAUAUGUGAUUCCUGAUGAGCACGAACAAAAGCUCGUUCAGUUGGAUGGAGAGCUUCAGGAAGUCUUAAAGAUGCGGAGGGAUAUCAUAUAUGCUGCGAAUGACCAGGAGCAGGACACCACCUAUGAGAAUCACACCCCUGAAAAAUCUCAACUGAGCACAGCACAGAAGAACAUAAAGGCUGAAGCAUUCUGAGGGGUAAACUGUCACGAGUAUUGUAAUUUGAUGUUCAUCUUCAGGUGAGAGACUGCAUACUGCCCCUGAAGGUUCGACAAAAUUCUUUAGCAUUGUGAAAAUCUGUCAGAAAUACACUUGGCCAUGUGGACCAGUCUUCUGUUGGUCUCUUAGUUUAGUGUGCUAGCAUGCUAACAUUGCUAAUUAGCACUUAACACAAUGUACUGCAGAGGCUGAUGGCAUGGCCUUUAGUUUUGCUAAUAUUUGCCAAACUGACCUGAUGAGGGUGCGAGAUGAAAAACCCAUCCGAUGGGGAUCACAUAGACUAUGAAAAAAAAGUGGACGUAGCCUCCUGAUCUGAAAAGAGAAAAACCUGCAUUCUUUCUAAUGGCCAGCAGGGGGCGACCUCACUGAUUGUAAAAAGAAGUCCAAUUGUAUGGAAGUCUACAAGAAAUACCAUCUUUCUCACUUGAUUUAUUACCUCAGUAAGCAUUUACCUAACGAGUUUAUGGUCUCAAUCUUUAGAUUUAAGUCUUCAUUUUGUAAAUUAUGGUCAAAUUUACCAAAAAAAAAUAGACCAUAAAGCAGAGUAUGUUUUAGGGCAUGGCUACUUUGUGAUUGAAAGUAUCAAAGCAACUUAUUUAUCAGGAUAGAUGCGCAGCAAUGUGUAUCUAUGGCAGUGUACAUACAUAAUGUAUUUUCCAGGUUUGUCUAUGAAUUCGUCUUAGAACUUUUACCCUUUCACUGUGAGCAGUGAGGUUGACGAUAUAGGCGCCUUGGGGUUAUUGCUCGGAUACACCCUGUCAUCCAAAUAUGGUCACUUCUGGAUCCAAAAAAUUAAAAUGGGGUUGGUCAAAAUGCCAAACAGAAGCAAAGACGUCUAGCUACGGACACACAGUAGCUAAGGUCAGGGUUAGGAAACGACUGCCAUGUACGAGAGUGCAGCUACACCCACCUCGCCUAGAGAUUUUAAAACAGAAGUCCACAAACUAAAGACUAAUACAUCCUCCAUGUUUUUCAUAAAAUCUAUGGGGGGACGUGAAUGUCUUGGCAAUCUAUCCGACAGUUGUUGAGACAUUGCGACAAAAAGAAUGAAAUUGUAAAGUCAUGGUGGCACUAGAGGAAAAUUUGGGAUUACCAUGUGACCAUUCAUUCCUUUUUUCCAUAUAGAGUUUUAGAGUUUGGGAGUGCCCUCGAGCUCACCUGGUAGAGCAGGCGCCCCAUGCGCAAAGGCUGUGUCCUUGAUGCAGCAGCGGCGGGUUUGAUUCAAACCCACGUCCCUUUGCUGCAUGUCAGUCCCCCUCUCCUUCCCUAUUUUACACUAAAACUGUCCAGUAAAAUAAGGGCAAUAAAAGCCCCAAGGAGUUUACACAGGGCUCAGAGGGACAUCCGGGGUGACAGUGAUGUUCACGUAAUACAGUGAACAAGCCAAGUUAGCCCUCCGAGCUAAUGCGUGUUAACUAUGCUAACAACAGAUCGGAAAUGUGCAACAACAUUUUUUGCCAACACUAGAUAUCAAACAAAACAAGUUGCUGUGCACUGGGAAUUCACCACUUAAAAGCAGAAGACACCAAAAUGUCCUCAGAAGUACAGGCUGACAAAAAAAAGAAGGCUUCUUGCUGUACUGGAAGGAAUCUCAGAAAACAAAGAGGUCUCUGCCUCAUGAUUAAAAUCUUUGACUUUACAGGGGCGGUCCUACAUUUGAAUAUCCGGGAUUUUCCCUUCAUAUAGUAGAACAUUAACAGAGUAUGAAAGGUGUAUUAUUAGCUUCUUGAUAAAAGAUUUACAAAUCAUUGUAACUGUUUAUUCAUGUAGUAAGGUUGAGAUCCUUUGUGUCUAUAUGACGAGAGAUAACAACAUAAAGAGCUCUUUGAUACAGACAACUUUAUCACCCAGUUUUGAAAAGAUUAGAUAAUUUCAACAAGGGCUAAAGAUUAUUUUUAUAUUUAUUAUUAACAACUCAAACCAAUCAAUGAAUUACAUGUGAUAUGGAUGUUUUUUGUGUCACUGUUUGGAAGGUUAUCAUGCUUUUAUAAAUUGUAAAAAUUAACAUGAGCCAAUUAUUGCACAGAUCAGAAUGAUUGCCCUUUUUUUUCGCUAUGAAACAAUGAUGAAACUGUAAAAUACAAAACUACACACACACACACACACGUGAAUCUUAUGUUUGUUCCUUUGUUCAAAAGCACUGAAUAAAAGGAUCGAGGAUGGUCAUUAUUCUUUAUUUUUCCACACAUAGGAGUAAGCCAACAUAAAUGUUUCAAAUAUUAUAAUCAUAUUUUCUUAAGUUAUUCCAUUAAAGAUUGUAUUUUCUUAUUUUUCAUCAUUAUCAUGGAACAUGUUAUAGGUUUAAAGUUUAAGGAUCAUUCAUCACUCCAUAAAGACAGCAAGACUGUGAAAAAUAGUCAAUAAAAAAAAGAAAAAACAAA